CUCACUCAGACCACAGAAGCAAAAAUAAAUAAAAAAGAUGAAACCUUUAUCUCUGUUUUUGGUAUCUCUGGUCAUCGUCUUGACGACAACAAGCUACGUUGAUUCCUUUACCAGAAGCAAUUUUCCAGAUGAUUUCCUCUUCGGAGCCGCCUCUUCUGCUUAUCAGUGGGAAGGAGCUGUUAAUGAAGAUGGAAGAACUCCUAGCAUCUGGGAUACUUUCGCACACUCUUCCAAUAGAGGUAAUGGAGAUAUAACAUCUGAUGGGUAUCAUAAAUACAAGGAAGAUGUUAAGCUGAUGGCAGAGAUGGGUUUAGAAUCAUUCAGAUUCUCUAUCUCCUGGUCUAGACUAAUUCCUAAUGGAAGAGGACUCAUUAACCCAAAAGGCCUAUUGUUUUACAAGAACCUCAUCAAAGAACUAAAAACUCAUGGAAUCGAACCACACGUUACGAUUUACCACUAUGAUCAUCCUCAGUCUCUUGAAGAUGAGUACGGAGGAUGGCUCAACGGCAAAAUCAUAGAAGACUUCACUGCUUAUGCAGAUGUAUGCUUCAGAGAGUUUGGGGAGGAUGUGAAGUUAUGGACUACAAUAAACGAAGCUACUAUAUUCGCCAUUGGUUCUUAUGGCCAAGGAAUCACGCCGCCUGGACGUUGUUCUCCUAAUGCAUGUUCUAAGGGAAAUUCUUCUACAGAACCAUACAUUGUUGGCCAUAACAUUUUGUUAGCUCAUGCCUCUGCUUCGAAAUUGUAUAGACUAAAGUACAAGAGCAAACAGAGAGGAUCCAUAGGGCUAAGUAUAUAUACAUUCGGGUUAUCUCCUUAUACAAACUCCAAGGAUGAUGAAAUCGCAACUCAAAGAGCUAAAGCUUUCUUCUAUGGCUGGAUGUUGAAGCCUUUGGUAUAUGGAGACUAUCCAGAUGAAAUGAAGAGAACAGUGGGAUCAAGACUACCAGUUUUCUCAAAGGAAGAGUCAGAGCAAGUUAAAGGAUCAUCUGACUUCAUAGGAAUUAUCCACUACACGACAUUCCUCGUCACAAACCGACCCUCUCCUUCUAUCUUUCCCAUGGAGGACGAAGGCUUCUAUAAAGACAUGGGCGUAUAUAUGAUCACCACUGCGAAUUCUUCAUUUUUUCUGUGGGAAGCUACUCCAUGGGGCCUUGAAGGUGUUCUUAAGUCUAUAAAAGAUAGCUAUAACAAUCCUCCAAUCUACAUUCUUGAAAAUGGCAUGCCGAUGGAACACGAUUCGUUGAUGCUACAAGACACACGAAGAAUAGAAUACAUUCAAGCUUACAUUGGUGCUGUGCUCAAGGCCAUCAAGAAUGGAUCGGACAUGAGAGGUUACUUUGUAUGGUCGAUGGUUGAUAUGUAUGAGUUACUGAGUGCGUAUACGACCAGCUUUGGAAUGUACUAUGUGAAUUUCAGCGAUCCUAGUCGCAAGAGGUCUCCAAAGCUCUCUGCUUCUUGGUACACUGGUUUUCUCAAUGGUACAAUUGAUGUUGCCUCUCAAGAUACUACAAUUCAGUUGAAGAGGAACACUUCCGGCUACUCUUCAGUGUAAUGUAUUUAACCAAAUGUAGCUUUUGAGGCCAACAAGAUUUGCAUAGAUUCUUAAAAGAUAGUAAAAUAGAUAACGAGAAUACUCGAACACAUGAUAUUUUCUGUCUUAUAUAUAUCGUUGAAUAAAACCGCAUACAAACUU